GGGUCUAAAGACAGCAGCUUCAGUCACUAUGCUACCAGCUGUUUGAGUUGACAAUGACCAUGUUCAGAGUGGACAAAUGGUGACCGUGCGGUCAGUGCGCUUGGGCUGAGAAGCGAAGGCAGUGGGUGUGAAGCAUGCCUGGCCCCCCGCAGUGCAGUACUGUGAGUGUAAGAGUGGAGUUGCAGGUAAACUGAUCGCUCAGAAGCCGCUCCACGUCUCACCGCUGGGCCCAGUCAAGGUGUUUGUUUCAGUACUGAAUAAUUGAACAGUAUGACGACUGUAUGGUGCAGCUGAUUUGAGCCUUUUUCUCCUAAAAAGCCACAUGGUCCUGUGGAGAGGUGACCACGCAGUCCGAACGCUUGCCGUGACCACACUGCUUAGGGAACCUGGGACAGACGGAGCAGCGGCCAGCAGGGCGAGAAGCACAGAGGAGGAGUGACCAUGUGGCAAGGAGAGAUGGGGCUGAGGGCGGAGCUGGCCGUGGCCGCGGGUCCGACCCACCGUAAUCAAAGCCCGGUCACCUGGUCACCAGCAAAGGCAGGACUGCUGGCAAAGGGAGGGCUUCCAUCUGCGGAGACCGGGCUCCAGGUUUCAGCCAGAUGAGCUCCGUCCAGAGUCUGUCCAUGUGCAGUGGGCUGCCACCCGAGGGGGUACUGGGAGGCCAAAUGGGGGCGCCGUCAGACGAAGGGGACGUGGGGGAGGGCUGCAGCGUCCGCUCUGUGAGCCCGUCCCCGGUGGACCUGCCGGGCGCUGCGCCGGACGUCAGCCCAGCUGGGUUUGUCCUGUUGGAUGGCGACAGUGUGGACGGAGCACCGCACCACACCUCGCCCCUGGAGUCCAUCACCGAGUUGGAGGAGACACAGGAGUCUCCUGAGGGUCGGAGCACGGAGGUUGGAAUGCAGAGCUACAGUGGAAGCCCCCCGCUAAAGCUUGGGGAGAGGGAAACUAUGGCUGGGGACGCUUUGAAGGAUACGGGAGAUGUUUCCCACUCAACAGCCGGGGACACCCGAGACGAGAGGGACGAGAUGAAGACCCCGUCGGUAGAGCUUCUAAAGGCCCCGAAAGGCACCUCUUUAAAUGGAUUCUUCAGGGUAGAAUCUGGAGAAAUCACCCCAGGGGUCACUUGGGAAGGAGGAGAGAGCUGCUCCGUGAGCAGGACCCAAACACACCUGCAGCUCGGCGGACCAAAGUGGACGGAAUGCCACGAGACACGCCGUGACAUCCCCCUGCAGGACCCCCAGAAAGAGAUGAGUCAUGUGUUCCUCAAGGCAAUGGGCUCGAGGGAGAGGGUUCGAGAGCUUAGUGACGAGAGUCCUGGCCGAAGGAUCGAGCAGCCGGAGGGUGAUGUAUCUGAUGGCUCUCUUAUCGCCGUCUUGACAGAGUGCAAAUCCAAAGUGGAACAGCUGGAGGAGCUCAAGUGUACAUCGAUGGACCUGAGAGUGCAGCUCCAGGUUGCUCAGGGCACGGCGGCCUUCCUGCAGCGGCGGAUGCUGCUCCUGGAGGAGGCGCACAGGCUGAAGCAGCAGGAGGUGCUGGAUCUCACACGGGCGCUCCACGACGCAAGGGAAGCCCUGUGGGAGAAGAGCGCCGAUGCCCCCAGCGGGGCAACAGGGGGGAAACGGGAGAGCGGGGCUCAUGCCGAGGAGGCCCCGGCCAACGGCAACGCUGCGGUGCACUCUCCCACGCAGCCCCGCCCACACUCAAGGGUGUGCGCCCUUCUGUGAUCGCAGCCCGAUGGCACCAUAUCUAACACCAGCACCGCCGCCUCAUUUUGUAGAGUGUCAGUGAGGGUCCCACGGUUUCACUCCACUAGCAAAGGCUGACUUCCCUCAUCAAGUCAAGUACUGAGAUGCGGAGGUUAGAAUAAACCCCCCCACCCGGCAAGUGGAACUUUGAAUGAAAACAAAAAACUGAGUGAAACUGAGAAACUCAGAAGAGCUUCCUUCAGUAAGUCACCUGUUUCACAUAUUGACUCUUCCACAAAUUUCAUUCCAUUAUUUUUCCCUCAAUUUAUUUUUUUUUUUGGCAUCUGUAAUUAUGAUAC